AUGAGUGCUAAGAAAAUUCUUCUUUUUCUUUUCCUUACCACCAUCUUCCUAUCGAGUUACUCAUAUGCAAGAGAUCUCCUUAGUAAUGAGGAUUGGUUAGCUUCUUCUGAGAACAAUGAUGUUAGCUCAAUGGAUGAAUCACAAUAUGAUAUUGACUAUGAUGAUGACGAAUCGUCAAUUCUGAUUGAUGAUAAAAAUAGUAUAGACAAUCGUCAUGGAAAGGCUCCAUCACCAAAGCCUACUCGUGGGAAGGCUCCAUCACCGAAGGCUACUUCAGAUAUUAUAGGAUCGAUAAAGCAUGCUAUUGAUGCUCCAUCACCAAAGCCUACUCAUGGGAGGGCUCACUCACCAAAGCACGCUCUAUCACCAAACCCUACUCAUGGGAGGGCUCACUCACCAAAGAACGCUCCAUCACCAAAGUAUACUCAUGACAUUGAAGGGUCGAUAAAGCAUGCUAUUUAUGCUCCAUCACCAAAGCCUACUCAUGGGAGGGCUCACUCACCAAAGAACGCUCCAUCACCAAAGUAUACUCAUGAUAUUGAAGGGUCGAUAAAGCAUGUUAUUUAUGCUCCAUCACCAAACCCUACUCAUGGUAGGGCUCACUCACCAAAGAACGCUCCAUCACCAAAGUAUACUCAUGACAUUGAAGGGUCGAUAAAGCAUGCUAUUUAUGCUCCAUCACCAAAGCCUACUAAUGGGAGGGCUCACUCACCAAAGCACGCUCCAUCUCCAAAGUAUACUCAUAACAUUGAAGGGUCGAUAAAGCAUGCUAUUUAUGCUCCAUCACCAAAGUCUACUCAUGGGAGUGCUCACUCACCAAAGCACGCUCCAUCACCAAACCCUACUCAUGGGAGGGCUCACUCACCAAAGCACGCUCCAUCUCCAAAGUAUACUCAUGAAAUUGAAGGGUCGAUAAAGCAUGCUAUUGAUGCUCCAUCACCAAAGCCUACACAUGGGAGCGCUCACUCACCAAAGCACGCUCCAUCACCAAAGUAUACUCAUGACAUUGAAGAGUCACUAGAACUUGAUGAAAAUCUAGACGAGUUAAAAUCAAAGUCAAUCUUUGAUGUUAACUAUGUGAACGGAGAUGAAGACAACUAUGGUGAUUCAAGUUUCACCCAACGUUACAAGAAUCGUGCAAACGCGCCAACAAAGCAACCAAGUGCUCCAUCUCCCAAGAAAUCCUUCAUAGAGGGAGAGAGUUUCCUUUGA